GUGGUACAUACUUAGGUAUGUCGUAGAAUGAGGAAUAUAUUGUUUCUGAAGUAAUAUAUGAUUAUGGUAGUUUUACUCCAACUUACCUGAUUCACGAAGUUAGCUCUCAAUAUUCUAUUAUAAAAUCACUCCAUAGUCAUCUAAAUAUUAAGUGAUACAUUUUGUGAUAGAGGUGUUAAGUGCAAACGCUUUAUACCCUGCUGAAGGUAAAUCUAAUUAGAAUACGCAUAGUGAUAUAGUACACCUACUGAUAAAACUUGUUGAGGUGGUAGACAUAUUUGAAAAUGCCAGCUGUAACUUCCACCACAGUGGAAGAUCAAAAUGAUGCAGAGCAGAAGAUGUGGAAUGCUCUCAAGCGACAUAUUAUAAGAGAAAGACAAAGAAAGAAAGAAGAAUAUGAGGCUGAAGUUGAAGAGGAAAGAUUACGCAAAGAGAAAGAAGCUCGUGAGAGACAGGAUGUCAUGACACUUGAGGAAACUAAGGAACAAAUAGAACAGUUAGAACAGAAACUAAAGCAGUUGGAGAAAGAGAAACAGCAAUUAUUUAUGCAGCUAAAGAAGGUACUUAAUGAAGAUGAAAUCAGAAAACGACAGCAGCAGAAGGAGACUAAUGAAAUGCCAAUGAAGAUGGCAAUGGGUAAUCUUCAAAUUCCAAUGUUUUCAAUGCCGCCAUCCAGUGGACAAGGGGAAUUAGCCCCUCAGGGCAGACCUCCACCUCUAACCUCGCAUUUAUUAAAUAAGCAAACCAUAGUGCGAGGUGGGCCUAUGCAGACAGGUGUGAAGCGCCAACGUAGUCCAUCACCCAACUAUGCAUUAUACGCCCAUCGUAUGCAGCCACAGAUGAAACACCAGUCGGUGUACUCCGACCACAAGGUAGAAGACGGCCGCAUGAGCCGACACUUGACGCGCGCUGUGCUAUGGAACAAACCGUCGCAGUAUGCAUCCGGCGGGCCCUCGGUGUCACCACAGACCUUCUACACUAUGCCCUCGUCAGGCGUGGUGGGCGUGGUCGGUGAACGACCACCACCAUUGUUGUAUGCCCACCACGCACACACACCACACACGCCGCAUACCCCCCACCAUACGAAUCUGAUGUAUGCGCCGGCGCCGCAACCCACGCAGCAAUAUUUUGACUUGUUGAAAAAUAGGGAUGGUCCACAGCAUCAAGAUUCUAAGAAGGAUUCCCAGCCGCAAGUGCUGAUUGGUCUGAGCGAGCCACACCACCCGUCUGUGAGUAGCGGUGUUGGAUACGCACAGCCGCCCGUCAGUCGACAUCUUGCCAUACACCCGUCUACUCAACAUACAAACAUGCAGACUGCCAAACCUGGCAGCAUCACUCAAGGCUACCCAGUGCAGCAGUCCAACUCCAAUGUCCAGAACCCGAUAUAUCCGAAUCGACAUCGAUAUUAGCUAGUAAUUAUACGGCGGCAUGCCGCCAAACCACCACCAUAGCAUUGGACAGUACGCCCCCAGUGAAGCUAAGUACAGUUCACAAGUGUAUCGAAACGUGGCAAUGGAAACGCGCCUUUUCAUGAGACAAUAGACGGUUAUAAUUUUAUACCCACUUU